CCGGAAAUGACCUUGGGAGCAUUAUCUGGUCGGAUGUUUUAUUUUGCAGGAGUUCAUGGCGCAAAACACAUCCGACAAUUCGGAAUGUUUGGCAGAAUCAUGGCGUAUAGAAGCUUUAGAGGGGAAAACGGAAAAAACUGAGGAUAUAGCACGAGAUGUUGAUUCGAGAAAAUGUCAGAAUACUUCGACGCAAGAAACUUUGACAAAUUCAAAUAUUUCUGGAAAAACAUCCGAUCCAGAGGACUUUUUAGUGCAAACGCACCAUUUAUCGUUGCAAACAGACAAAACAUAUGAACUUCAAGAACAGUCGGAAAAAAAAUCCGUUAAUUUAAACGAAUUCCAAAAUGAACCUUUGAAAAAUCCAAACUUUCAAUCAGAAAAAACAAGAGAUGAUUCAGCACAUUUAAUACGUGAAAAAUUAAUGACAAAAUUAGAGGAUUCAAAUUAUUCUUCAGAAACAUGCCAUCCAGAAGUGCCAUCAGAACAUUUAGCGUAUCAUACAGAUAAAACAUCUGAGGAAAAAUAUGAAGAAAAAUCAGAAAAUAUAAAAACAUUACAAGAUAACGUUCCAGAUUUGAAAUUAAAUCAUCCAUCCCAGAAUUUGAGGGACCCAUCAGAAGUAAUUUCUCGUGAUUUAAAGCAUAACUUUCCAGAGACAAAAACACAUGGGGAUACCGGUAUAACCGUUGCCCAUGGUAAAUUCAAACCUUCAGAACCAACAGAUAACACCACCACUGAAAAGCAAACGCAGUCUGUUGAAAAAACAAAGACAGUGUCUUCCUAUGGACUCUUGAUUCUGACAACGAUCUUAAUACUUGUUCAUUUAUUUACGAUUGUUUUUAUCUACAGUCGAUUGACAGGGGAUAAUAAAAUAACAACCGAAAAUCUUUUAAACAAAGAUAAUACACAUCCUGUAAUUCAAAUGAAUGAAACCUGCGAGAGGAUAUUGAAAGAAAUGCAAGAAGAGUUUGAGAAAACACAGACCAUUACUGAACAUCAUUUAAAAGAGGAGCACAAGGAAAUCACUGAAAUGAGAGGAAAAAUUCAGUUUUUGGAGGGUAUUCAAUCAAAACUGCAAGUCCAAAUGGAUACUCUGGAGAAAAGCUGCAAAGCAAUGGAAGAAAAAUAUUCGGAAAUCAAAACUAAUAUUAUGAGUUCCGAAAUUAAUUUCAAGAAAGAAAUAUACGAUAUCAAUUUAUACAUAAUACUGUUUCUGAUUUUGAUGAUAAUCGCUGUCAUCUUUAUGGCCCAAAAGGAACUGCUACAUAGAAAAUAUCAUGAGUCUGAUCAUGGCCAAAAACAAAAAGUUGGAGGACAGGAAACCGCUUUUUCAGAAGAACGCUUUGUGAUGAGUAUGUCACAAAAAGUUAAAGAAAAUGGAAUAAGUCUUAUCAGCUUUAGUUCAUUAACUCAGAAUUUCCACAAGGAAAUUCUGAAACAAGUUUUGGAACCAAAAGCUUUGCCGUUACAUACAUGCGUGGUUGGAACUUUAAACGAUUUGUUCAAUAUUAAGCCAUACCAGGUAACGAUUAUCUUCGUGGACUCCAAUGAUAGAGACGUUAUUCUGGAAAACCCAGAGACUGACAUUGGAGAUCUUAGGAGAAAAACUACCGAAUGUCUAUCGAAAAUAAAUUGCGAUGUCUUUUUGAUCUAUUGCAAAAACAAAGGGUCCCAGUCUUUGCCUAAAGAUGAAUUAUACAAUACCAGUCUACAAUCAAUUAAUCAAAGACCACUGCUUUCUACACUGAGUAAUCAAAACAGGGUAUUGACUAUAUAUGACACCUUCCAUCCCCAGCAAGUGAAGAUCUUGGAGGAUCGCUUUAAACAGCUGGAAUCUUAACAAGUCUGCUGUGAUUUUUCCAUAAAAAUGAUCAAGAUAAACAUUGUUGAAAUAUUCUUGCCUUUUUUAUUUGUAUUGGUAUUUAUGAAGCUGAAAACAAUGUUUUGCGCUAUUUAUGUUUAUUUUCAAACGACUAGUUUAAUAAUAUUUACUAUUAAUGGAUUAAUAGAUACAUAAUUGUUAACUUAUAUAUAUAUAUAUAUAUAUAUAUAUAUAUAUAUAUAUAUAUAUGCACGCAAGUACAUUAUCAAUGGUUAAAGUUACCUGUUUUAAAAUUGUUUGGUGAAAAUGUUUAAGCAAAUUAUUUCUUAUUUUAUAGUGACAAAAGCAUAUACACUGUACUCAACUCGAACGUUUACUAUGUUAGAUUCACUAAUAAAAGCCACCUUUGGCGUUGGAUUUA